UGGGGUUAGCAACAAUUUCAACCACAGCGACCAGGAUGCAAUGUCACACAUGAGCAGAAUUUCCUGCACAGGUGCCGUGGAGUUUCUCAACACAGAAUGCACUUUGUCAUUUCUACAUCUCUCAAGCAGACCAGUCAGGCAGAACCCCUCUCGGCGUGUCGAUAUUAAAUUGUACAGCACGUCUUGGCUGUCACAAUGUUACAGGAAGGCAAUUUAACCACCAAUGAAUCCUGUCAGAUCCAUGAUGGCAAAAUAUUGUCCUUUUUGUCCAUUGGCUACAUUGUCAUCUUUUGCAUUGGUCUGCUGUGUAACACCGUCACCAUCUACAUAUUCUUCCUCCGGCGGCACACAGACUCUUCCAUGGCAGUCUACAUGCGUCACCUUGCCCUAGCCGACACCCUUCUGGUCCUAUGUUUGCCGCUACGGGUCUACUACCACAACAAAGAAGGUCCCUUCUACCUAUGCAAGGUGGUGGGUGUUUUCUUCUACAUUAAUAUGUAUGCCAGCAUCCUGUUCCUCAGCCUCAUUAGUCUGGAUCGCUACUUGAAAAUAAUCAAGCCCGUUUGGGUGAUCCACAUCCAGAAGACGAGAUGGAGCCAAAUGGCAAGCUACACCAUCUGGGUGGCACUCAUUUCAGGAACAAGCCCCUUUUUCACCAACAACAAUCUGAAACAUCCAUGCGACAAGUUCUGCUUCCACUUCCACAGCAAUAGUACUCUUGGUGGUGCGAUUAAUCUGACGACAGUGGUGCUAUUCCUUGUUUUUUACCUGGCUUUUCUUUGUUUUUAUGUGAAGAUUACUAAUAAACUCAGGACUAUGUCCAUGGGUAAUGACGAUCCAAAUGCACAAAGUCGCAAAAAAAGGGUUAUCAUGAAGACUAUCUCGGUACCUGCUAUUUUUACUUUGUGCUUCUUGCCUUACCAUGCAGUAAGGAUCCCGUACGUUCUGGCUCAACUGGAUGUGAUCGGGGAUCUUCAAAGCCAACAACUGUUGCACAUCUUAAAUGAGAGUACCUUGCUACUGUCGAGUGUAAAUAGCUGCCUUGACCCAAUUAUCUAUUAUCUCUUAUCCACUGCAUACAGGAAAACCAUCCUGUGUGCCAUCCAGGGUAAGUUUAAAAGCAUGUAUGCUUUAAACAGAAGAAGAAUCAGCAUAAACCAUUCACUCACUGAAAUUUAGACAGCUUCAUGGAUGGCUUUCUAUUAUUUGUGAUGUCAGCUGAAAGCAAAGAUAAUAGAUUCAACAAAAUCAGUUCUGAGGUUUAAAUGAUUUAAGUGGAUUUAAGCAUGUUCUGUGUUUAUGUAUAUGAAAUACAUUUGAGAAGACUUUCUACACUCUCAGAAAAAAAAAAAGUACUUCUUAAGGUACAAGGGCAGUCACUGGAGUGGUACCCUCAAAGGGACUUUUUCUGUACCUCUAGUUAAAAUGUAUAACUCGUUUUGGAUACAUACUUGUACCACUGACCAUUAAACCAUACUGAGCUUCAUGUAUUUUGCAUGUUGUUAUAACAGCAUAUAAAUGACUUAGAGUACAUGUGUAAAUAAAUUACUAGUCAUUAAUGAACCCCAUUAUAAACCCUUAAAAAAGGGAACAUUAAUGUAAAGUGUUAAGGUUUCUUAAUGACUGUAUUUUACUUGAAAUUUUGUUUUGUUGAAAGAACAGUGUUUCACUAAAUUAAGAGAGAAUAACCUUUAUUUAUGCCUGUUAGAAAGAACAUGAAAAGAAGAAAUUAUCUUUGUAAAUGACGUGGAUCUCCUUUAGAUGUCACAGCUCCCCAGUGGUAUACAUGAGCUCUUGUGCAUUAUGAGUGUUACCCAUUUUGUGGUUUUGUGGAACAAUAGAAGAGUCAACCACAUUACAUGCCUCUGCAUCUAAAAGUGAGCACAAUGUGGGAAAAUACAGAUUUAAUAUCUAAAUUGUAAAUAAAAUGUAAAUGUUAUGUUGAGAAGAUAAAUGCACUUUGUAUUUAAAUGUUAAUUUAAAAUUAUUUAGUGAAAUGUUGGAUUAGAUUGUGUUACUGGUUGAGUUACUACAUUAGCCGUGUAUCAUUUUGUGCAUUAGCAAACUUACGAAAGUAAAGAAAUUCUAUAAUAUUAUGCAAAUCUUUGUGUUAUAAAAUGCAUUACUGCUUUUAUGCUUUAUUCAUACUAUCUUCAUGCAUAGACAUAUGCCUUUAAUCAUUACUGUAACAGUUGAAUAAAGGUUAUUAUUUAAAGUAA